UAUGCGUUUUAUCAAGGUUUAUAUGAAUUAUAUUAUACACUGUGGAAGAUUGUACUCAAUAAUGAUUUCUAGUGCGAAAAAUGUGGUCUUUUGAAAUUUUGGAUUUAGAGGUAUGAUAGAAGCAAUUAAUAUUAAUGGUAAUCAAUAAUAAUAGAUUGAAAUGUUUGUGCUGGUAGUACUAGUACUAGUUUUGCGACGUAACGCCAGGACUAGAAGGAAAAGGUAGAUAUUUGGUGAUUAUCUGAUGGAGGGAGUUGCUGUUGGUAUUAAUGGAAGCCAGCAGUUUAAACGAAUUUAAGAAGGGAUUCAAUGAUUUUCUGGAAAAUAAAAGCCUGGAAAUAAGAAAGAAUCGUAACAAUGAUGAUGAAUAAACACCUCAAUGAGAUCUCCUCUAAUUCUUCUUUUUUCAACUGAAAAUAAUGUCAGAGAUCUGUCCUUGUAUGACAACAUUUCCAUCCCAGGUCCCAUCCUAGUAGCCCUCAUCUGAACCCUUUCUAGCUGUUCAAUGUCCUUCCUAAAGUAAGGAGCCCGUGAAUGAACACAAUACUACAAAGUCCCCUAGCCAGUGAUCUUUACAUUGAAAUUCUCACCUCUGUAGAUUUGUAUUCAGGAUUUUUUACAUGAAACCUAAAAUCCUGUUUGUCUUCACUGCUUGAAUGGCUUAAGAGACUGAUCAGCCAGAAUACCACAAUCUUUUUCUUCCAUAACACUGUUAAGGCCUAAUAAUGGAUGAGGCAACCUGUUUUGAUCGUCAAGGUGAUGCAAUUCGCUAUGGUGACAAAUAUUUCCCAAUGGAGAGUGAUCCCUGUACACAGUGUACCUGCUUAAAAGGAAUACCAGAAAUGUGCAUUUCUGUUUUCUGUUCUCCACCAAAAGAUUGUGAAAAAUACCAUGCUGAAGAUGACAAAUGUUGCCAGUUUGUCUGUAAUGAUGAAAACUUUGCCCAUUUUCCAGGUAAAAAUAGCAGUUUUCCAGCUUACGAUGGUUCUGCAACUUUAACAGCUACUAAUCUAGGUCUACGUUUAGUUGCAAGUGCCAUCACUUCCUUGCUUAUUCUGGCUCUCUUACUCUUUAUGAUCAAUCGGCUUCGUCGACGUCGUCUUUUGCUAAUGAUCAGACGUUUGAAUGGUGGAAGUGGAGGCACUAGUGAAUCUCAGGUUUCCAGAAGGUUUUCUCUUGAAGAUGAUGCAACUGUGGGAUAUUUUUUUGGUCAGGACCACAUUGACUUUGGACUUUUUGAUGAUCCUCCACCACCAUAUGCAUUCUGGAAACCCCCAGAGACAUACAUUUCUCCAGGGGAGGCUCCUCCUUCAUACACAGUUUCUGUGGAGAUUGGUCAAGCUCCUUAUUCUACUAUUUCUCUAUCACAUGGUAGAUGGAACUCUCAGGAGGAUGUAACUUUUCCUCCACUGCGCUCCUCUCCUGAUGGUAAGGAAUCUACAGAAACCCCAUUAUCAGAGUGCCAGUCUGUGGACAGACCAUGCAUGGCUCGUAGUGAAGAUGAACCUCCAUAUAUAGCCAACAGUCCACCUCCACUUAGUAUCUCUAGUGGCAGCAUAACAACUGAGAAUGAAGUUGAAAAUGCUUCUUUUGUAGGUUCAGAUAACAGUGCUAGCAGAUUUAGUGCUGAGCAUGAAGAUACUUCUAUGUACAUGUUAAAUAAUGCAAUGGUGUUAUGCAUCAAGAAUAGACGUACUCCUUGUAAUUUAGCUUUGAAAGAUGAAGAUGUUGUCAAUGGUAACAUGUUAUAUACCCCAACAUCUUUAAGUGAAGAACUCCCUAAAGAAAUAAGUUUACAUUCAUCUGUUUCCAGCGAACCUGGAUUACCAAGAGACAUUGAGACAACUACUCAAAAUUCUGAGAAAAAUCAUCAUUCCUAUAGUGCUAUAAUUGAAUACUGGAAACACAGACUACUUCGAUUGCAAAAAGACAAGAAAAAGGGACUCACUUUACAAACUAAGGGUAUUGUAGAUAACAAUAUUUAUCCAGAUCCAACUACUUGGUGUAGUGAUCUGUCAUCCAGUUCCAGUCCAACAUAUGAACAGCAAAAUCCUAGUCCCUCUAGUAGUAAUUCAAGUUCGUUAGAUAUAGACUUUGUUUCUGAUACAAAUAUGUCAGCCAAUACAAAUUCAUCAAAUUUUCUGACUACCAAGAAAACCCUGUCAAUUUCUGAUUCUACAGCCAACAAAAAUAAUUCACUGGAUAGGACCCUUCAACAAAUGCUGAUGUUUUCAGUACACCAGAAGAACAAAAAGAAAAUGAGUAAAAAUGAAGACAAGAAAGAAUGUCCUGAGGAGGUUUCUUAUAUAGAUAUCUCAUCUUUUGAAACAUUGGAAGUUCCAUCAGAAACAAACCUCUGCUCAAACAGUAUUAUAAGUGUAAAGGCAAAUCCCAUUUUUCAAGACCAAGAAGACUUUGUAGAAGAACAUCCAGAGCCAUUAAAUCCUAACAUAAAAGGUAGCUUGUCUUCAAUCAGUAGUGGUAUUAACAGUCCUGAGAUGGUUGUGUCACCAAUACAAUCUUUUAGGAAUUUAAGCCAAAUGAUAAUUUGUCCAAAAAGUACAAGUGCUUCUUUAAAAAUGGGGUCAUGUCAGCUUCAUCAUGCAAGAAGUGCAGUGCUUCCUGCAGCUAAUAACACAUUGUUGGCUUCUCAAGAAAAUCACAAGUCAAUUUCUUCUGCAGUGGUUUCUGUUUCUUGCUGCACUGAAACCAUAGUUAAUCAUUAUCCAGUGGAAAUUGAAACUUCUUGCCCCACCAACUUUCUUUAUAAUUUUGAUGAAGUCGAGGCAUGCAUUGUUCAACAGUGUAUUGUGCCAUAUUCUUGUCAGGAGAGCCAGUUGGAGAAGAAACUUUCACGAUCUGGAUCAGUGUGCUCAGAAACUGGAGAAAGAAAAUUUGUUCAUAACAGUGAUAGUGCCAAUGUAGUGCUCCCCCUUUCUGAAUAUUCUGAUGCAGAAAAUGAGAUACAUAGUAGUUUUAUUUCUACUGAGAAGCAGGAGCCAGUUGGAACCUCAGGAAGGCAACCUGUCAGACUAGAAAAGUCAAACAGCCUGGCUACACCAACUGGUUUACAACUUUGUUCAACUCGUGACUUUCAGAACUGCACUCCACCUAGCCAGAGAGCAGUAAACAUAUCAUCUGAACCAGAACUUGGUUUAAUCAGAAGAUACCCUACAGGCUACUUCCCCUCUAGCCAAUGUGAGAAAAUAAUUAAUGAAUAUGUUAAUGUAGAGAGAAUGCAAAAAUCCACCUAUGAUGAAAAUACUUGUUUAGAUGUUGCUGAAUUGGGCACUGUGUGUAUAACCCCAAAUUGGAACCACAUUUAUGUGGCUGAAGAAAAUGUGUGCAGAAGAACAAUUUCAAGUAAUAACAGUGAUGAGGAGAGGGAAAACUGUUCUGUUGAAAGUGGUGUAGCACAUGGAGCUCGGCCUCGUUACAGUUAUCAAAGAAGUCAAAAUGAGAAAAAAGAUAAGGAAGAUUUAGAAGCCUCUAGUAAACUUUAAUUAUGCUGCUAAAGAUAUCUUGUGUCCUGUACAUGUUUAUUGCUAUAAAUACACUUAUAUUCAUUAAAAUGUAAUUGAUAGGUCCUGACUGACUGUAGCUACUUACAUUACAAUAUUUUCCUAAUACUCAGAGGAAGCUCAUAUUUGACUGUAUUUGUUCAUAAGAUCAUGAAAAGGUUCAGUAAAUUAUUUAAAAACAGACAUAACUAAAGUAUGUGUACUAUUGUAGUUUGUCAUCUUAAGAUGACCUUAUGGAAUAUUUAGGUUAUUAUUGAAAUAUAGAAGAGUUACGUAAAAUCACAAAUCUAUGAGUAAAUGUAAGUAGUUGACAAAAUAAUUAGAUAAUAGAAAAUGAUAGAUGUAAUUCUAUACCUGCUGUAUUUAAUACAGUGAACUUUUCAUAUUUGAAGGUGUUUCAUUUAAUCCUUUUAAAUUCUGUUGUGUAUGCAGAUUUUCAUACUUUUAUUUUAGUGUCAAUUUAAAGCAUUACAGGUAUGCAACAGCUCACUACACGUAUGUAAAUGUCAAACAAUUGAUUUAACAUACAUAAUGGUGCCAAACAGAAAACAACUCCCUGAUAACUUGUCUAACAACUGUUUCUGCUGUGGAAGCAGUAAUUCUCAAAACUGAAUAACUAUAGGUUUGAUUCUGAAUUAUGGCAUUUUAUUUUGUUUCAGUAAUGCCAAACGUAUUCUUAUUCAAGAAUUUAAUAAUGUACAAUGUAAACAGGUUAGCAAAAUGAAACAUCUUAUUUAAUGAUAAUUUCAGGAAUCUCAAGGUGUUUUUAGAUUCAAAAUGCUAAUGAAUAAUUCAUCUAUGAUUGGUGAAGGUUCUUCCUGCUUUAAAGGACACCAAGUAGGGAUCUGGUUAUAGUGUAAGAGGAUUUUU